CGAUCCACUCGAGGCGGUAACAAAUAAGUGAUAUUGGAAGAAGAAAAAAAAAAAUAGAUAUUUUUGUAAAUUAUGUUAUUUGAAUUCCUGGUGGGUCUCUUGACCCUUCUGCUCGUUGUCGACACGCUGUACAAGAGACGGCGUCAUGUUAUGAUUGCAAAGGCUGGGAUACGGGGACCCACACCGCUGCCGCUAUUUGGAAACAUGUUGCAUUUUGUGGGCAAUACAACGGCCAAUGCCUAUGACCUUUUCGACAAAUUGACGGCCAAAUAUGGCAAAGUGGUGCGCAUGUGGAUGGGUAAUCAUUGUGUGUUGUUUGUGCGCGAUGCCAAAUUCUUCGAGGACAUCUUCAAAAGUCAACAGCUGAUCACCAAAAAUAAUCUCUAUGAUUUGCUAAGUGGUUGGCUGGGCCAGGGUCUGUUGUUGAGCACCGGACCAAAAUGGUUUUCGCGACGUAAGAUAAUCACUCCAACCUUUCAUUUUAAAAUUCUGGAAGAAUUUGUGGAGAUCUUCGAUCAGCAGAGUCAUAUAAUGGUCAAGAGUUUAUUAGAGAAGGCCGAUGGCAAAACUGUCGUGCAUAUGUUUCCCAAAGUUUGUCUCAUGGCCUUGGAUAUUAUAACGGAGACGGCAAUGGGCGUGAAAGUCCAUGCCCAGGAACAUCCAGAAUUUCCCUAUGCCAAGGCAGUGACGGAUACCUCCAACAUUAUGUCGGAUCGUUUUGUGAAACCUUUCGAUCGUUUCGAUGGCUAUUUCCGGAUGUUCCACAAUCAAAAAUAUCACCAGCUGCAAAAUAAUAUCAAAAUUAUGCACGACUUUACGGAUAAGGUCAUCAACGAACGACGUGAGGCCUUGCAAAAGUCCAUUGACAGUGGAACCUAUCAGGCUGGCAGUAGCGUGGAUGAAAUGGGCAUUAAGAAGCGAAUGGCUUUCCUUGAUGUGCUGUUGCAAUCGACGGUGGGUGGAAAACCCUUGACGAAUAAGGAUAUUCGUGAAGAGGUGGAUACUUUUAUGUUCGAAGGACAUGACACCACGACAAGUGGCAUUUGCUUUACUCUCUAUCUGCUGUCGCGGCAUCCUGGCGUACAGCAAAAGGUACUCGAGGAGAUUCACAGCGUUAUUGGUGAGGAUAGAAAUAAACCGGUGACCAUGAAAGAUUUGCAGGAGCUUAAAUAUUUGGAUUGUGUUAUCAAGGAAAGUCAGCGUUUGUAUCCAUCGGUGCCAACGAUUGGACGUGUUACCGAACAGGAUGUUGUUAUAAAUGGUGUCACCAUACCGGCCAACACCAACAUCACCCUGCUCAUGUACGCCGCCAUGAAGGAUCCCGAUUAUUUCCCCAAGCCAGAAGAAUUUUUACCCGAACGUUUCAUGAACACCGAGGAUAAAAUAAAUCCCUUUGCCUAUGUCCCGUUCAGUGCUGGACCCCGUAACUGCAUAGGACAGAAAUUUGCCAUGGCUGAAAUGAAAAGUACCGUCAGUAAAAUGGUACGCCAUUUUGAGUUGCUCCCCCUGGGUGAGGAGGUGAAACCUGUCAUGAAUAUGGUAUCACGUUCCGAGACUGAUGCCCAAUUGGGUUUGAGAGUUCGCUUAAUUGAUUUUUUUUGUUAUAGUUUGUUUUGUUAAGAAAAUAAAAUAGGAU